ACCUACCUAAGUCCAAACCGAACACACCCAAAAAUCAUCUCCAAACAAAAUAAAUAAUAAAUAAACAAAAACAAAGAAGUUAAAGAACAGAACAGAACCCGUUGGAACCAGAGAUCCUUCCGACUGGUUAUGUUCGGUUUUAUUUUCAAGGUUCAUCCCAAUUGCCAACUGCACCCUCUCUUCUACGUUAGUUGUUUUUAUUUAUUUAUUGAUUGAUUGAUUUAUAUGUAAGCAGAAAACCGAUCGAAAACAGAUUCAUUGAUUUAGUUUUGCCUUUGUUCUCGCAUUUUCACAGGGAACAUUGAUGGACGCCAACAGCAACUGUAACGGCGGCGGCUCUGACGGCAGCGAUCGAGUUAAAGGUUCAUGGAGUUCCCAGGAGGACGCCACGCUGUUGAAACUCGUGGACCAACACGGUCCACGCAACUGGUCCAUCAUAAGCAGCGGCAUUCCCGGCCGUUCCGGCAAGUCUUGCCGUCUCCGGUGGUGCAACCAGCUCAGCCCUGAAGUGCAGCACCGUCCAUUCACACCGUCAGAGGACAAAAUCAUCAUCGACGCUCACGCCGUUCACGGCAACAAGUGGGCCACAAUCUCGCGCCUCCUCCCUGGCCGCACCGACAACGCCAUUAAAAACCACUGGAACUCCACCCUCCGCCGCCGUCGCAUGGCCGAGCAAUCCCCGACCUCGGUCUCCUCUGCGUCCUCGCCGGGGAAGCGGCCUUCAUCGUUGGAACCAAAUUAUCCUUUAAAGAAGCCUUGCGUUGACGAAGUUUCGAUGGAAACAGAGGACGAGAGAACAGAGGAAUUUUCCCAAUUAGCGAGUCCCGUAACGACGUCGUUAAGUCUUUUGCCUCCGGGCGAGAAAACAGAGAAAGAUGAAGAAGAGUUUGAAGAGAAUACGAAGACGGAUGACCAGACUUACUUUAUGGAAACGUUGCGGCGCAUGAUAGCAGACGAGGUUAGAAAUCACGUGGAAAGUUUGCGCCGUGACAGGGAGAGUUUCUCCCAUGGAACUGGGCUAGAUCUUAAUCCAAAGCUUCCAAAGUAA